AUGGCGGUGGCGCCGCCCGACGGGCAGGAGAAGGUGAUCGCGGCAGCGCAGCAGAUCGUCAAGUCGCUCGCCAACUCCAAGAACCGGGCGCCCCAAUGCCACGGCCGGCUCCGAGCUCCUGGAGGGGGCAAGGAGGAGGGAGAGUACGGGCGGGAGUGGGGGACGCCCGGCCCCGGCUUCGGCGGCGAUGAUGACGACCUAGAGGACGAGAGGGAUGCGGUGGUGGAGGACGCGUUGCGUCUAGUGGAGAAGUGGGACUCCACCACGGCCGGGGACCGGCUGGUGUUCAAGUCGCCCGAGGACGCCGAGGAGUACCUUGCUGUGGCCGCCUGCCUCAUGGGCGAGGCCGGCCCGCGCGUCGAGGCCGUGCUGACCGCGUCGCUCACCGCCGAGGACCUGCACGCGUCCCUCCUUCGCCGCCUCUCGCUCACGGUGCCCACCUUCCACUCCGCCUCCUCUGUCAACCUUGACUGCCCGUCCUUCGCCGAAUCCAUUACAAGAGAGUAG